AUGAGCUCCUCAAUGUUGAAGCUUCUGAUUAUAACAGCCCUUGUAGCCACUUCAUGCAUGGCACAAGCCCCGGGAGGCGCGCCCACAGUGUCACCCACAGCCACCCCCACGCCACCACCAUCAGUGGCUCCACCGACUCCCACCCCCUCUCCAACUCCGGUCCCGGCUCCGGCACCAACUCCCGAGACUCCUUCACCUUCUCCGACGCCUUCUGAAGCUCCCACCCCUUCUGAAGCCCCAACUCCUUCUUCAGAGACUCCUUUUGGUGCUCCGGCUAGUGGCCCCGCUCCUGAGGGUCCCACUGGAGAUGAGUCCCCAAGCGGUAGCUUCGCCGACGGCUGGGUUCACCGGGCUGUCAUUGCCGGAACUGCUGUCACCGCCACGUGUCUUUCCAUGGCUUUGAUGUGA